AUGGAAAAGCAGGAUUUUGAAGAUUGUUGUGCUGAUAUUAUUAGCUUUUUGUUUGAAACCUCAAACAAAAAGCUCAAAAGUGUUUCUUUUGAUGUAAAGACAAAUAAAUACUCUGUUUAUUUGAACAGUAAUACUAAUAGUGGAUGCCUGACAGCUUUUAAAGGUCUAGAACUCAGGAACAAUGUUACCCUCCAUACAAGCGAAGAAAUUAAGAUGUUAAGGUCGGAAAAUGAAGCAUUAAGCAAUGAAAUUGAAAAUUUAAAAAAAGAAUACAUCAUUAAUGCUAGUAAUAAUGAUAAUGAUAAAGAACAGAAUAAUAACGAAUAUAAUGGUGAUGUGGCAGUAAAGGACCAUAUUUUUAUUGAUGAUAACGAAGUUAAUGAAAAAAAUAAGGAAUCUAAUGAUGAUGCAGCAAUAAAGGACCAUAUUUUUAUUGAUGAUAAUGAAGAAUCUGAUGAUGAUGCAGCAGUAAAG